AUGAAUAGCAUUCUGAAUUUACAACCCAGUGUGGUACUUGUGCUGGUCACAGUACUAGGAGCCAUCGCCUACAUAUCACUUAAAGGCUUCUUUAUCCGUCGCCAGUUUGCACGCGCUCAUGGCUGUGAACCAGUGGCCAAGGCCGCUAACAAAGACCCCUUCUUUGGACUCGAUACGAUACCAGAGACUCUCCGCGCGAUCAAAGAGAACAGGAUCCUUGCGAGAAGUCCCGAUUUUUUUCGCCGCUUUGGCAAUACACACACUUUCAGGGGUCUAAAUAGUUACCAGAUUGUGACUAUCGAGCCAGAAAACAUUAAGACUGUACUAUCGCUCAACUUUAAGGACUACGGUCUCGGAUUUCGUCUACCCUCGUUCAAACCACUCCUUGGGGAGGGCAUUUUCGAUACCGAUGGCGAGCAAUGGGCUUCAUCGCGUGCUUUGAUUCGACCCAGUUUCACUCGCGACCAGGUAGCUGACUUGACAAUGCUUGAGAAUCUGAUUCAGGAUUUUUUCGCAUUGCUUCCGAGCGAUGGUCAAACCGUCGAUCUUCAGGAUCUCUUUUUCCGCUAUACAAUUGACUCUGCGACCGAAUUUUUAUUCGGUCAGUCUGUUGGGACCUUGAAGAAGUCUGAUACGGAGCCUGUGUUUGCGGAGGCCUUUCACAAGGCCCAGAAAUCGAUCUUGACGCGAGGUAUUCCUUUCCCAUUAAAACUGGUCUUCUCUCAUGAUGAGGCUGAAGAGUAUAAUGAAAUUUGUCGGACAUUUGUUCAGCGAUUCGUGGACGAAGCCUUCGAAGCUGUGGAGCUUAAAAAGAGCGAGACGGAAACCACAGAAUCGGAGACAAAGCGACCAAGGCACAUUUUCUCACAUGAGCUCGCAGCACGAACGACUGAUAGAACUCGCGUCCUUGAUGAGUUGGUGAAUGUUCUGCUAGCUGGUCGCGAUACUACUGCAAGUCUGCUCAGUAAUAUGUUCUUUAUGCUGGCAAAGAACCCAGCUAUAUGGGACAAACUGCGCAGAGAGGUAGCAUUUUUGGAAGGCCGACCACCAACUUAUACAGAGCUGAACAACCUGAAAUAUGUUCAAUGCUGCAUGAAUGAAUCACUGCGUUUACAUCCAGUCGUACCCCGUAAUCAGCGCAAGGCGCUGCGAAAUACCGUCUUGCCCGUUGGUGGUGGAAAAGAUGGCCUCUCGCCGGUUUUUGUACCGGAAGGUGCUUUCGUGUCUUACAAUGUAUACUCGAUGCAUCGACGAGAAGAUAUUUACGGACCAGAUGCAGAAGUCUUCCGUCCCGAGCGCUGGGAAGAUGGAAAGUUGCAGCCACGCUGGGGGUAUCUGCCCUUCAAUGGUGGUCCUCGAAUUUGCAUAGGCCAAAGAUAUGCCCUGACUGAAGUUGGAUAUGUUCUUGUUCGGAUGGUUCAGAGGUUCAGAACAGUAGAGAGCCGCGAUUCUGGGGAAUGGGAGGAGUCGAGGGGGCUGACUAUGACUUCUAAAAAUGGAGCGAAAGUAGCCCUCACGGCUGAGUAA